AUGAGUGCAGCUAUCGUGAAGCCGGCGAUCCCGUCGUCGGCACAUGUCGACCCUAAAUCCGCUCCUCUGAAGGAGAUCCCGGAGGUGCUGGUGGACCCUCGCACCAUGAGGAGGUACGCCCGAGGACGCUUCCUGGGAAAAGGUGGUUUCGCCAAAUGCUACGAGAUCACAGACUUGGAGACCAAGCAGGUGUUCGCCGGUAAGAUCGUGCCCAAGUCGCUGAUCCUGAAGCAGCACCAGAGGGAGAAGAUGUCCUCUGAAAUAGCCAUUCACAAGAGUCUCAACCACGCCAACGUCGUGGGUUUCCAAGGCUUCUUCGAGGACGACGACUUCGUCUUCGUUGUCCUGGAAAUCUGCAGGAGAAGGUCCCUGUUGGAGCUCCACAAGCGCCGUAAGGCUGUGACGGAGCCAGAGGCCCGCUACUACAUGACCCAGCUGCUCAAUGGGGUCCAGUACCUGCACAACAACAGAGUCAUCCACAGAGACCUGAAACUGGGCAACAUCUUCCUCAAUGAUGACAUGGAGGUCAAGAUAGGCGACUUUGGUUUGGCCACGAAGAUCGAGUUUGAUGGCGAGAGGAAGAAGACCCUGUGUGGAACGCCCAACUACAUUGCACCUGAGGUGCUUUGUAAGAAAGGCCACAGCUAUGAAGUGGACGUCUGGUCGCUCGGGUGCAUAUUGUACACUUUGUUGGUGGGUAAACCUCCAUUUGAGACUUCCUGCCUGAAGGAGACCUACAACCGCAUCAAGAAGAACAGCUACACCAUCCCCUGGCACAUCAACCCGCUGGCGACCUCUCUCAUCAAGCGGAUGCUGCACGCCGACCCCGCCCAAAGGCCCACCGUCGCCGAGCUGCAAGUGGAGGAGUACUUCACAUCCGGCUACAUCCCCGUACGUCUGCCCACUACUUGCCUCACCGUGCCCCCGCGGUUCUCCAUCGCCCCCUCCACCGCUACGGAUCCCAGCCAGAGACGCCCGCUUACUGCUAUUAACAACAAAGCGGGGACAGAGAAGGUGGACGGGAAGGAUGAGCCAUUGCAAAGGGAUCCUGAGCCCGCAGAGAACCACCUGAAAGACAUGCUGCAGCAGCUCAACAGCAUCAUUGCCGCCAAGCCCUCUGAGAAGGCCGUCGUCUGCCAAGAAGAGGCAGAGGAUCCUGCAUGUGUUCCCAUCUUCUGGAUCAGCAAAUGGGUAGACUACUCUGACAAAUAUGGACUAGGCUACCAGCUGUGUGACAACAGCGUGGGCGUCCUCUUCAACGAUUACACACGGAUGAUCAUGUACGCUGACGGAGACAGUCUGCAGUACAUCGACAAGACGGCAGCUGAAUCCUACCUCAACGUGCGCUCUUUCCCUAGCGCUCUCAACAAGAAGAUAACGUUGCUGAAAUAUUUCCGCAACUACAUGAGCGAACACCUGCUGAAGGCCGGCGCCAACAUGGCUCGGCGGGACGGAGAUGAGCUGGCGAGGCUGCCUUACCUCUCCCUUUGGUUCCGAACCAAGAGCGCCAUCGUCCUGCACCUCACCAACGGCACCGUUCAGAUCAACUUCUUCCAGGACCACACCAAGCUGAUCCUGUGCCCGCUGAUGGGCGCGGUGACCUACAUCGAUGAGAAGCGGGAGUUCCGCACCUACAAGCUUACUCUGCUGGAGGAGUUUGGCUGCACCAAGGAGCUGGCCAGUCGCAUUCGCUACGCCAAGCUCAUGGUGGAGAAACUGCUGGACAGCAAGCCUUCACCCGCCGCACAUUAGACCGCUGUACACCACAGCCUUCAAUCACUGUCUCUGUCUUUAAAUCACCAGCCACUUCUUGCUGUCUGCCAGCCGGCAAGCUCGGAAGAUGGAACAGACCCUUAAAUUCUCCUGUGUUUCUAUGGAGGGAUCUCAGUGUAAUGAUGUUUGUCAUCUUUGAGGCUGUACCAUGAAAAUUAAUCUCCUUGUACAUCGAUGUCAGUCUCUCAGGCACUGAUUUUAUCCUUAUUUUCCUGCUGUUGACAUGAAUUCUUAUCUUAACUUCCUUGUUGAAGCGUAAUCUUGACAAACACGUUCCUGCUGAAGUAACCUAAGACGGCUGCAGACAAGUCAACCCUGUACAUUUAAAUGAGACGAGGAGGAAAUGAUGGAUAAGUGUUCAAAUCCCCAGAUUUCUCUCUUGCAUUUGUUCAUGUGUCAGUCGUACCUUUUCAACCUAAAGCCGUGUGCUGUGCAUUAAGACUUCAUGGAAAAAGCCUCUCUGGUCUGCUUCUCUAGUUUUGUCUGUUCAUAUCUAUGUUGUCGGGAGAGAAAUGGACCAUGUUAAUACGUCUUCAUCAUGCACAUUCUUCCUCUAGUUUACUCCUUUUACUCUUUUUACAUGUAUUUUAGAUGUCUUUCCUGUACAUAAUGCUGAAUAUGCAUACAUUGUAAAGAUGGUUUAAUUUUACACAAGUUUAAAUAAAGCUUCUCUUGAACUUGAUAAA